AUGACGACCUCCGGAGACACUUCCGUCUGGGAAGGGUUCCCUAAAUCGCAACUGCUGCGUACCGUGAUGCAGCUCCUACUGGACAUGGGCUACAGCGACACAGUGAAGACACUGGAACGUGAGUCUUCCUGCACGUACCAGUGUCCUCGCGUGACCGAGCUGGAGGAAGCAGUUCGCGCCGGCAACAUGAAAUCUGCGCGCAACAUUCUAUCGCAGUUGAAGCUACCACCGGAAAUCCGGAUGGCGUGCUCUUUCUUGUGUUCGCAGCAGGACUUCGCAAUGGCACUCCACCGCCAAGAUUUCGACGAGGCAUUACGAGUGUUGCGUGACGACCUCUGCCCCUCGGCGUUUGACGAGGAUACCCAGCGCCGCGUUCAGACAUGCGCCAGUCUGCUCGCCUACCCAUCCCCCGAAGAGGCUUUACGUUCGGAGAUUCGCUGGGAAGCCUCGAAUUCACUUGGAGACCUCUGGAUGAGGUUACAGCACCUGAUAUCGCCUGAGCUCUGCGUGCCUCCUAAUCGACUUCUGACGCUUCUGCGCCAAGCUGUGGAGUUGCAGGAGCUAUACUGCCCUCACCAUGCGAUCUCGGUAGAUGACCCCGCACCACCGUCGCUCUACGAAGACCACGCGUGCGUCGAGGUGGCGCCCCCUUCCCAGUGCAUCACCCGACUGGAGGGCCACACCGACGAGGUGUGGGACGUCGCGCUGUCCCCUAACGGGCGUUACAUCCUCACCGGCGGCAAGGACGAAAGCGUGAUCCUUUGGAAUGCCAGCGAACCAUUCGAACGCAUCCAUCAAUGGAACGACCACCAGGCUGUCGUCAAUGGCGUAUGCUGGUCGUCGGACUCCGAGCUGUGCGCAUCGAUCGACAAGGACGGUGUUAUCCUCCUCUGGUCCCCGCAAUACGCGUGGUGCAUCGGCGGUGUAGAACCCUCAGACGGCGUACAACAAUGCGCAUGCUGGAUCCCUGGCCGGCACGCCUUUCUGGCAUCCAGCGUUGAAAGGCAGGUGGUCCUCUACGAGGUGGAGAAACCCUCCACCACUGCUUCCGCGUCAACGGCAGAUUCAUGCGCAUCCGGAGAGUCAAGUAUGGAGUCAUCGGAUUCCACGGAAUUGCGGUAUACUGUUAGGGCUGCGCGUCGCUGCCGAGUCGAUUGCCGCAUUCGCACCAUCGCCGUCAACAAGGACGGAACCCUGGCGAUCGGCGCCUCGCCCGAUCGCCUCACCCACAUUAUCGACAUUUCGACGUUGCGCGAGUUGCCCCCGUUGCCCGAGCACGCCAACGUCACCGUGGUGGUCUGCAGCGCGCUGUACAACCAGGUGCUGCUGAGCGUGGCGGGGCGCUAUCCGGUCAUGCGCCUGUGGGACAUCGACGAGCGCCGCGUGAUACAGACGUACCGGGGUCAUCGGGAAGACCGUUUCAUCCUGAGGUGCGCCUUCGGCGGCCCCGACGAGCGCUUCGUCGUCAACGGCAGCGAGGACGCACAGAUCUACAUUUGGAACAAGCUCUUCGGCACACUGGUUGCCGUGUUGCAGGCGCACUCGUCUACGGUGAACGCCAUAGCGUGGAGCACGCGCCCAGGCGGCUAUCUGUUCAGCGUCUCGGACGACCACACGGUGGCCGUGUGGAACCCACUGCCUAAGAUAUAG